AGACCAAUUGCAAUUCACCUCAGUGAUGAUUCAAAGAUCAACGCAAUAGGUCUUGGAUCAAUACAAUGUGUACAACACCUGAAUGGAGAGCGACACCACCUCAUCAUCAAUGAUGUCUUAUAUGCUCCUGAUCUUGCAGUCACGCUCCUAUCAGUGAGACGACUUGCACACCGCAACCGCAUAAUGUUCGACAGACCCUUAUGUCAGAUAUGUGAUCGAAAAAGUAACCAAGUCAUUGUGGAGGGUGUGAAACGCAACAACCUCUACCAUCUCAUCUCCGAACCAAUG